AUGGACGGCAAAUACGACCAGAAUGCGGCGCAGUCAGAGAUGCUGGCUGCACUGCGCAAGCAGCAGCAGGAUGGCUUAUUUACCGACCUCACCGUAAAGUGCGGCGAGAAGGAGCACAAACUCCACAAGAAUGUGCUAUGUGCUGCAUCCAAAUGGUUUACAGCAGCAUGCACGGGGCGCUUCAUGGAAGCGAACAGCAAGAUGAUUGAGCUUCACGAUGACAACGAGGACGCCAUCGCUGUCAUGAUUCAAUUCUGCUACCAAUUCGAAUACAAAGAGCCGACAUCCAUGCCAAUGACGUUCCACGUCCGCAUGUUUACUGUCGGCGAAAAGUACCUCAUCCCAACACUCCAGACCUUUGCAGCUGCAGGUUUCCAGAGAAGUGUCACUGCGAAAUGGAGCAUCGAAGACUUUACGGCGGCUGUAAGAGGUAUCUACGAAGGAACCUCUGAUCCGACGCGGUCGCUCAAGACGGCUGUCGUCGAAACAUCGGUGAAGCGCUCGGCUGAGCUCUUCGGGAUCAGUGGCAAUGUUGGCUUCGGUAAAAUGGCGGAUGAGCUGCCAAACUAUGCGAUGGAUGUGUUACGCAAUAGUAAUGGGCCAAAGAAACGCAAGCGCGACGAGGAGGAAGGCCCAUGGAUAUACAAGUGCUUUCGCAUCCGUUCAUGCGACGGCCAUGUCGUCAUUCGUCAACGACAGGACGCUGGUGGCCGCUUCUACUACUGUUCGCACUGCGCGAAAGGAUACUGGGUCAACUGGGAUACACCAAACUGCUUAGAUGGAUGGCCAAUACCCCYCGUCAAGUGA